ACUGCAUAAAUUAUUAAGCAAAACGUAGCGCAUAAAUAAAAGAAAAAGUAUAAAUCGUAUAUCUUUUGAAAGAACCUAUCCUCGGCGGGCAUUGAAUGAAACCAGGAGCAAUACAAAUUUUAGAUUAUGUUAAAAACAUCUUGAGCAAUUUCCUUUAAAAAAUGAUGCAUGAAAAGAAUGCCAAGUUUAUAGUGCUGUGUUUAAUGCUUACGCAAUGUUGCUUGAGUCCAGCUGCUACUGCCGAUUCCUCCUUUGAAGAUAAUGACUUUGCAGAAUUUGAAGAUUUCGAUAGUGAUGAUGAUUUUGUGGAAGUACAACAAUCGAACGUUGGGCCCCAAUUAUCUACAGCGGAAGAAAUCCCCACUUUGACGGAGAAAGGCCUUAAAAGGGAUCAUAGUAUUCUAGAGGAUGACGAUGAUGAUGGCAUUGUAGAAGAUGAGGACGAGUUCUUUAAGGACGAGGAGGAAUUCGAGGGUUUCGAUUCACCUGAUAAAGAUGACGAGGAUUUGGACCAAAAAACAGAGCCUAAGCUAACCGUGGCCAAAAUACCGAUGCAUUUUAGAACUCAUUGGGAUUCUUAUUGGAUGGAAAUGCUUAUGUUAGCUGGUUUAAUGGUUUAUUUCAUUAACUUUUUUGCCGGCAAAGCAAAAAAUGCAAACUUAGCUAAUCGGUGGUUUAACACGCAUCGGGCGUUGCUUGAUGAUAAUUUUGUUUUGGUGGGAGAUGAUGGCAAAAUGGAUAAUGAAAAAAAUGGCUUGAUAAAAGAAAGCGAGAGUCUGUAUACCUUAUGGUGCUCAGGUCGUACUUGCUGCGAAGGUAUGCUUGUUGAGUUGAAAAUGAUAAAACGUCAGGAUGUGGUGUCAUUAAUGGCUGGAUUAAUGCGACCCCAGCAAGAUCAAAUUCACAUAAAAAUUGAUCUAACACGCGGUGUAAUGGACACAUUUGUUUUCUUCGUGGGCACAAAAAGAACUGUUACUAAAGUUUUUAAGGAAUACUCGGACUUGAGCAAAUACUGCACUCAAGUCAGUAAGCCAGAGAUACGUUAUAAUGUGCCAAAUGGUUUAAGCGUACUUUCUGAAAUACCUGAGGCUACUGCUGCUAUAUUAGAGAAUCGUGUCAUAAUUACUUUAACUAAAUAUCAACAAUAUAUUGAUUACCUACAUAUAUCUGAUCAAUUCAGUGGUCCAGUGCAGCAAGAAGAUGCAAAUACUCUAAAACAGCCCGACACCAAACCUAUUUUAUGGGCUGGUUUUAAUCUACCAAGAGAGGGGAAUAUGGAAGCUGUUAAGCCUUUAUUUAUUCUUAUAUUCUAUUUAAUGGAACGACUGAAAACCUAUCGCAUGUCCAAAGAGGGAAAACAAAAAGCUGAACGUAAUCGUUUGCGAGUGGAGGAGGAAUUUUUAAAGAGUACUCAUGCUGCACGUGCCGAGGCUGCAGCUCAACGACGUGAAGAAAAGCGAAAACAAGAGAAAGAACGGGUCAUGGCUGAGGACGAUCCCGAAAAGCAACGUCGAUGGGAGAUGAAGGAACAGAAGCGUCAAGCCAAAAAGAAAGCUCCCAAAAUGAAACGUUUAGCCGUCAAAUCUCUAUAAACCCACGUCACAAUCCUUAAUAUGAAUGAAAAGUCGAAAGAAAUUUAUUGAAAAGAUUUGUUUUUAUUUACGGAAAAGUGAACAAAUGAUACAUUGA